AAUUGUUCUUAGUGUUUUGAAAAUCCAUGGAAGAAAGGGUGGGUUCUUGUGGGUCCUUUACUACUUUAGAUUUGUAUUUGUCGCUUUAAUUGAUUCAAAUUACUCUGUUCUGGGUUUCCAUUUGAAGUCCCUGCUCCAUGGGUAUUUUCGUCAUUAAGUUAGAGGUCAUCAGAGAAGAAGAACCCUCCUCUUUAGUGCAUACUUGAAUUUUGGAGCAAUGUUGAAUCUCCGAUUCGGCUCUGUUCAUUAUUUACACUUCUUUUGCAUAUUAGUAUCAGCUAUUAUUACACAGACCCCUGGGAUUGCCUCAGUUGCCGUACCGAGUUCCAGCUGCUAUGUUCUCGAUAAUUCUAGUCGCCUUGUAGACUUUAGCAGCUGGAUCGGGCACCCUUUUGAGUAUGAAGGGAAGGAGAGUACUGACUUAAUGGUUCGAUUUUGCAAAGACGUUGAGAGAAGAUCACAAACGGGAUAUGUGGAUUUUGGCCGAUUUGAUACAUUCAACUACUUUAUUUCUGGUUCAGGACGUGUUGAUUUUGUUCAAGGUUUUUACAAUGGUGACCUGGCCAAUUGCGAGUAUAGUUAUGAUAAACUGGGUCGAACAGCUCAGGUGAAUAUCAUAUGUGGAAAUUGUUGGAAUGGACAAUGCAAAGGUGGACUUGGAUGCAUAUGCAAUGUCACAUAUGAGUCAGAUUGCAGAGUUUUUAUUGAACUUGCUAUCCCGUGUGAGAAACCUGGCCCGCGAGUAUUUGAGGGCUUUACUGUUGGAUUUCAUCCUCGUUCGUGGGAAAUUGUUUAUAAUGGCUUGACUCAGCCAGGUUAUGAAAAAUCUUACAAGGACUUCAGCUUCAGCACUGAACAAACUCAUGUUACACUUUAUAUGACUGCAAUUGCUUCUCUUUCUUCUUUGGUGCGGAAGCCCUUUAUUAAGGUUCAUCCAGUGAAAGGUCUUGAGGUUAGUCUGUCAGGCUCAGGAACAAAUGGGAAUUCUCCUACGACCUUGUCACCUACAUUGUUGAUUGUGCACUGGAGAUGUCUGAAGGUCCAUGAUAAACCUUAUGAAGUUAAUGUCACAAUUCCAAUAGAGGGUUAUGAACCUGUUCAGUUUUUCCUUGCAAAAAAGUGUGAAAGCAGGGAGGACCAAGAAGAAGACUCUAGACAAGGAUGGGCUAUCUUUGGUGUCAUAUCUUGCGUAUUCUUUGUCUCGUCAACACUGUUCUGUUGUGUGGGAUUUAUCUACAAGACACGUGUGGAACGACUGCGUGGGAUUGAUGCAUUGCCAGGCAUGACAACUUUGUCUGCGUGUUUGGAAAUUGCAAGUGGUGAUGGGCAUGGAUAUACACAAGCAGCAGACAUCAAUGGUGGCUACUCACGAGCGGAAGCCUCUUGGGAACAACCGUCUGCCUCGGCUCAAGGAACAUGGAGAACAACCGAGAAGACAUACGGUUCAAUUUAAGCUUUGAAUCUUGACCAAUUCAUGUUUUAGGAAAGUUUGCAACUUGUGAGUUUUGAACUGAAGAUAUCAGAUACAAAUUGAUUUUACCCACAGAACUACAUUGUAAGAGACUCUGGUUGAAUCAAAUUGAAGCUAUAGCGGAUUUGUAUGCACAAAGAUUUUGUUUCAGAUUUGAGUGUUAAGAGUUGGAUCAGGAUUUCAAACUCAAGGGUAAAGGAAAUGUUUGAUUUGUUUCACUGCA